AUGACGCUGACAUCCUUGUUGAACUCUCUACACACCCACCUGCAGACCCAGACUCAACUUUUACCAACGCUGCACGCCCAGCUGGGCUUGCCUCCAACGGCUCUGGAAGAUGAGCUGAAGGCGCUGCAGGAGCAGCUGGUGAAAGGCGUCGAGAAACAGAUUGAUUUGAGGAGGAAGGAGGUGGAGGGGUGGAUGGAGAAGUGUGAUAGGGUGGAGAAUGAAUGUUUGAGGUAUUGUAAGGCCCUUGGAGGGAAUAUCAAGGCGACGGGGAGUAGUCUUGGGGAGUUGAGGAAGGAACAGGUUCUUCCGAGGCGGUAUGAACUUGUUGCGGAACAUCAAGAGAAAUUGCGACAGGUGUAUCACACUAAACUGGAACAACUCACGACCCUCACGAAUCGCUUGAAUGCGCUUGCGAGGACGUUGCCAUCAGAGUAUUAUGCUCAGGAUAUCGUCGAGCCACUGGUGGCCCGUGGAGAAAACCAACAUGACGCAGAGGCAAAUCGGGAUGUUACUCCUGAACGAUUCAUGAAACUAGAGAAAGAACUCGUUCGUGGCAAGGCGGAAGUUACGAAACGGCUCAACCAACUAUCCGCAACAUUUGUACAAAUAGACUGGUUACACACAGAACUAGGCAUACCGCCCCCAAUUUUGGACCAUCUCACAUCAUCACCUCACUCCUUCAACGCCUCCGUCUCUAGCUCGAACAGCAGGUCGUCAACGUCGCAGUCGGCGUCUGAUGACCCAUUCCUUGACGUAUCCACGCCUACACGCUCAUCACGCACAAAGACCAUCACGCCCCUCCUCUUCCGACACGAUGUCAUUCCAAAUCCAGAAUUGGAAUAUCAACGCGUUUUUGCGAAAUUCGUUGCCAGGAUCGACGAGGCUGACGAUGAGGCGUUGACUGAGAGCCAGACUGUCCCUAUUGGGCUAGAAAACGUCGACCCCGUACCGGGUCUCUUGUCAUGGGCUCAAUCGUUCCGUGCUAACCUGGAAAAUACGAAGAGGAAGAGAGAGGCGCACAUUCAGGCGAUGUAUGAUCAGCUUGAAGGGCUGUGGAGGAGACUUGGGGUUGAGGAGGGUGAUAUGGAUGCGUUUGUGGAGGCGCAUCGGGGGAGCACGGAGGAUACGGUUAGGGAGUAUGAGGAGGAGCUUGAGAGGAUGUUGGAGUUGAAGAGGGAGAGGAUGGGCACGUUUGUUGCUAGUGCGCGAGAGGAGAUUGAGAAGCUCUGGGAUGAUUUGAUGGUUGGGGAGGAGGAGAGGGCUGAUUUUGCGCCGUUUGCGGAUGACGAGUUCACAGAGGAGUUGCUUACUAUUCAUGAAGAUGAAAUCAAACGACUCAAAGAGGAACGAAGGAUGAAAGCACCUUUGCUUGCAGGUAUUAAGAAGUACUUUGAUAUUUGUGGGGAAGAGAAGGAACUGGCUGCUGCUGCGUCUGACCAGACCAGGUUACUUGGCCGUGGGCGAGAUCCUGGCCGUCUUUUGAGGGAGGAGAAGAUGCGGAAGAGGGUCACGAAGGAGAAGCCUCGCCUCGAACAGGAUCUUUUGGCAUCUAUCCCACAAUGGGAACAGGAGAGCGGCCGACCUUUCCUCGUUCAUGGAGAAAGCAUAUUACAGGUCCUCAUGGAGACAGUGAGCGCCGCUGAUCAGGAGAACAAACGCAAGCCACCUCGAGCUGGAUCAGUCCCUCCACGAGCGACUACCCCUGUCAAUUCGGCGCACUCGUAUGUUCCAGGUGCGAAGACGGGGGUGGUUACGCCUGCUGUGAGACCUGGAUCGAGUAUCGCAUCGCAAUCUGUACCGAAUAAGAGGCAGAGGUUGGGAGAUAGUACUACUCCGAGUUAUGCUUCUGGGGCUGGGAGGGCACCGUUGGGAGCGUAUCGAGGUGGGAAUGGGGUUGUUGCUGGGGGGAGGACGUCACCGACAAAGAUACCGAGCAAGACGCCCAGUGGUAGUGGUGGAUCGUCGUUACCGCGACCGGGACAUUUGGCGAUGCCGGUUCCUAGGCCUGGGACGCAGCAUCAUGCAUUGGGGCAUGGGAGAGUGCCUACUAGUUCGGGGUUGGCGCCUCCGCCUUCUGCGUACCCUGGGAUGAUGAGGAGUACGUCUGUUGCUGGGUAUGGAGCGGGUGCUGGGAGUGGGGGUGGGAAGAGGUUUCCUAGUGCCAGUGCCAGUUCUGGGACUGGGUAUGCGGGGAGAGGCGCGUCGAUUGGGGUUGAGAUUAUGAAGAAGGCGUCGAGGGCGCGGAGGGAGAGUUUUAAGCCGAGACCGAGUAUUGAUCAUAUGGAGAGUGUUGGAGGGAUGGGUAUGAGGUAUGGAGGUGGAUUUGUGGCUGGGUUGAAGGAGGAAGAUGAAGAUUAUUGA